AUGGCCACAGACACGGCCAAACAGGUCCCUUUCGUCAACUGGGGCAUCAGUUCCACGGCGAGCAAGAGAAACACCAUCGGCGUCUUAGGCCUCAUCAUCGGCUGCCCGACCUUGGUGAUUCUGAACUGGAUCGCACUUGAGCAGUAUAGAGGAUCUUUGACAGGUGCCAUUCGGGCCGCAUUUUCUCAGGGGCCGAUUCGUUUCCUUGUUCACAAUCUCCCACGCCCGACCGUAGUGACAUUUGCUGGCUAUGUCGCUUGGCUGCUCUUGCAGACUUUGCUGUAUGGAGUGUUGCCAGGUGCAAAAGCGUUCGGUCAACGCACACCAGGAGGCAAUCUCCUCAGCUAUACCACGAAUGGCCUCGCGGCUUGGGCAGUCACGCACAUCCUGUUCCUCUCAGCCUCCGUGCUCGGCCUUAUCGAUCCAGCCAUGAUCGCCAAGCAUUGGGAAGGCCUCUUGGUCAUGGUCAACGUGUACGGCUUCUUCCUGGGAUUCCUCGCCCAGAUCAAAGCCUACUGGUUCCCUUCGCACCCCGAAGACCGCAAAUUCAGCGGCUCCUGGAUCUCCGACUUCUGGGCUGGCGUCGAGCUCAACCCACGAUUUGGCGAGUACUGGGACUUCAAGUUCUUCCACAACGGACGCCCUGGUAUCGUUGCGUGGUCAUUGAUCGGUCUUUCGUGGGCGGCGUAUCAAUACCAGACUCUUGGACACGUCACCGAGUCGAUGUUAAUCGUCCUCAUUCUCCAAACCACCUACGUCGUCGACUUCUUUUACAACGAAGACUGGUACCUCAGGACCAUCGACAUCAGCCACGAUCAUUUCGGACUUAUGCUGGCGUGGGGAGAUAGCACUUUCUUGCCAACAUUCUACACCCUGCAAUUCCAGUACUUGGCACGAUACCCAACAUAUCUCACCCCAAUCCAAGCAGCUGCCCUCGUCGCCCUCGGCUUCUUCGGCUACGCCAUCUUCCGCGAGUCUAACUAUCAAAGAGACCACGUCCGUACGAACCCAGACUCCGCACGCAUCUGGGGCCGCAAAGCAACCUUCAUCACCUGCAGCUACCGAACCGCAGACGGCAAAGUGCACGAUACUCUUCUCCUGACGUCCGGCUGGUGGGGUCUCGCGAGACACUCGAACUACCUCGCCGAUCUGGUGCAGACAUGGGCUUGGUGUGCGACGUGCGGGUUCAAGAAUAUCCUGCCUUGGUCAUACUUCAUCUACAUGUGCAUUCUGCUGUACCACCGCAGCCAGAGGGACGAAAGGAGGUGUCGCAACAAGUAUGGGGAGAAGUGGGAGGAGUAUUGUCGGGUUGUGCCGUAUCGGAUCAUUCCUUUUGUUUACUGA